UUCCGCCGGAGCCGAGGGGAGGAGGGACCGAGGGAGGGCCCGAGCAGCGCCGGGGCCGUCAGGGGCUCUGAGGGGCCGCGGCAGCAGCGAGCGGAGCGGAGCGGAGCGGGCGGGUCGGCCCCGCCGCCCGGGGCAGCCGGUGAGAGCCGCGGGGAGGAAGAUGAACCUGAAAUCGGAGCGCCGAGGGAUCCACGUGGAUCAGUCGGAGCUGCUGUGCAAGAAGGGCUGUGGUUACUAUGGCAAUCCUGCUUGGCAGGGAUUCUGCUCCAAGUGCUGGAGAGAGGAAUACCACAAGGCCAGGCAGAAGCAAAUCCAAGAGGAUUGGGAGCUGGCAGAGCGGCUGCAGCGUGAGGAGGAAGAAGCCUAUGCCAGCAGCCAGAGCACUCAAGGGGCACAAUCCCUAACUUUUUCCAAGUUUGAGGAGAAGAAAACCAAUGAGAAGACAAGAAAGGUCACUACWGUGAAAAAGUUCUUCACUGCCUCUUCCAGAGCAGGAGCUAAGAAGGCAGCUCAAGAGAAAAGCCCUAAGCAAGGACAGCUGGGGAGGGAGAGAAAUGCUGAUAACAUUCUCAGGGAUUUGAAGGAGAUUUUUACUCCCUCCUGGGAACUGGCUUCCCCUUCUGAAGCGUUGGCUGGCAAGCUGAAAGCAGAGAUCCAAGAGGCCAAAGCUCCCAGCCCYUCCAUCCACAGGCAGGCCAGCAUCGAGACAGACCGAGUGUCCAAGGAGUUCAUAGAAUUCAUCAGAACCUACCAGAAACCUGGCCAGGACAUCUAUAAACAAUGCAAACUCUUUCUGGACACCAUGAGUCACAAAAGGGAUUUGAGCAUUGAGGAGCAAUCUGAAUGUGCCCAGGAUUUUUACCAGAACGUGGCAGACAGAUURCAGACACGCUGGAAAGUGCCCCCUGAAAAAGUUGAGAAGGCGAUGGAUGAGGUYGAGAAAUACAUCAUGACUCGACAGUAUAAAUAUGUUUUUUGCCCUGAGACAACUGAUGAUGAGAAAAAAGAUCUUGCUGUCCAAAAGAGAAUCAGGGCUUUGCACUGGGUGACUCCCCAAAUGCUCUGUGUUCCUGUCAGUGAGGAAAUCCCUGAAGUCUCUGAUAUGGUUGUGAAGGCAAUCACAGACAUCAUCGAGAUGGACUCCAAGCGCGUCCCUCGGGAUAAACUGGCCUGCAUCACCAAAUGCAGCAAACACAUCUUCAACGCCAUCAAAAUCACCAAAAAYGAGCCAGCCUCUGCUGAUGAUUUCCUGCCCACCCUCAUUUACAUCGUGCUCAAGGGGAACCCCCCUCGCCUGCAGUCCAACAUCCAGUACAUCACUCGYUUCUGCAACCCCAGCAGGCUGAUGACUGGCGAGGAUGGAUAUUAUUUCACCAACCUGUGCUGUGCCGUGGCCUUCAUCGAAAAACUGGAUGCUCAGUCCCUAAAUCUGAGCCAGGAAGAUUUUGAUCGUUUCAUGACUGGCCAGACCUCCCCAAAAAAGCAGGAAUCCGACAGUUUCUCCCCAGAUGUUUGCCUGGGAGUCAAGCAAAUGUGCAAAAGCUUAGACCUCCUCUCUCAGCUGAACGAGAGACAGGAGAGAAUCGUCAGUGAAGCCAAGAAACUGGAGAARGAUCUCAUCGAUUGGACUGAUGGCAUCACCAAGGAGGUGGAAGAGAUUGUGGAGAAAUAUCCCUUAGAAAUAAAACCCAAAAGUCAAGCCUUAGCAGCCAUUGACUCUGAAAACGUGGAGAAUGACAAGCUGCCCCCGCCGCUGCAGCCUCAGGUUUAUGCAGGAUAAAUUCCCGGGGGCGGCUUGGAAAAGCAGCAUUAAUCCUCACCUGGCUGGGAAGGGAAAAAAAUUUAAGGCUAAAAAAAAACCAACAAAAAAUAUCAGAUGAGCUUAAAUCAGUACAUUUUUAAAAGUACUUCCGUUUCCUUUCUUUUUUUUUUUUUUUUUUUUUUUUUUGGAUUAAGUGUAAUGACUUGUAUUUAUUUUAGUCCUGUAGGUUUCUAUUAGGCUUUUGUGGGAUUUUGGAACUGAAUUUCAAUUUUCUACACGACCUGGUGUAAUUUUUAAGCAACACUAGCCCGUUGACAUCUCUCCUGAAAUCUUCCUUCUAAGCAUGCACUUAAUUGUUUUUAAUUAAUUAGUUUAACUUGAAGCCAAGUUCCGGCAGAAACUCCAAAAAAGGUACCACUGUUAGUCUGAACUUAUUCUGUAGCUGUAAAGAUGAAYUAUAUAUUGUAAAAUAUGUACAAUUGUAAAUAGAUUUCAAAUCUAAUGUCCCAACUGUGCAUGAGCUCGUGUUUGAGUGAAAAUGAUCUGAAAAAUKUUCAUUUUAGCAUCUUUCAGUCCCAUGGGGUUGAAAGGCAAAAACGCUGUUGGAAUUUGGAGAACCUGGAUGGGAGGAGUGAUGAAUUACAGACACUCAAUCUUCUUUGUUUAAAAAAAAAUAUUUAAAAAAUGACAUUUCUUCAUUUAAAUGCUCUGUCAGAACACCUGGGAGCCUGAGUGGUGCACAAAAUGCUGAUUUUAUUGCUUUGGAAGGGAAGGUGGAGCCAGAAAUAGAAAAGAAUUCAGAAAUACUUCUAUUUAAAAUUGCAUAAUGUAGAACAAAAAGCGGGGAGGGGAARGAGUUCAUGAAAGAAUUGCUCCAAAAGUGGUUUUCUCUUUCGGUCAUUUCCAUCAGUGGGAUAAAUUUCGGUUGCUUUUUUUUGACAAUCCUGGGAAAUAAAUCACUUCAUAUAAUUCGAGGUUGCUUUUUGGAAGGAACAGGAGCAGAAAAUGCACUUUAUUUCCACAAAACAUCAAAUUUCUGCUCUUCAGUGCCCCCUUCAGCACCUUGAACAGCGAGGUAAAAAYCACUUCGUGUCACUAAAAAUUCAGCUUGGGGUGAGAUUCCACAAAAAGUAACCUCUUGCACCAGAACUUUUUUUUUAUCAAACRUUUUCUGUGUGAUUUGAAAUCUCAUCUCAAACCUGAAGCUCAGCUGGAACCACUUUUAAGCGAUAUUGAGUUCUUUGCCAUCGAGGAGGGAAGCACCUACCUCUUGAUUAAUUAAUUAAUUGCCACUCCAUUAUUAAAUUUGCACUGCAAUAACUUCAGACCCACGACUGUGAUUUGUCCUUUUUCCAGUCCAUUUUGAGCCUUAGGAACUCUGCACCACCCCCGGUGUUCCGGAGAAGCAGCUCUCAAAAAAAAAAAAAACAAAACAAAAAAAAUCCAAUUAUUCCGUGUCGCUUGGGUAAAUAAUCCUGGGAUUUCUUUACUUCUGMCAUCCAGCUGCACCGGUUUGUCCCGGGGAGGGGUGGGGAAACAAACUUUUAGCUAUUGUGUGUAAAUGACCGUGUUUAAAUAAAAAUUCUACCCUCGUUAAUGAGUCCCUGAACCCCUCCUUGGCGGCUUUUGUGACGCUGUUAAUGAUUAAUGAUUAAUGACCCGAUAAUUGGAGCUCCUUCUGCAUUCUCUGGGCAAUUCUUGGCCGUUCAAAUGCGAGGCUGGGUAAUAAUAUUUAGGKUUUUUUAAAUUUUSUUUGCAGAAAGGUCAUUAAUAAGCUCUUCACAACGUUUUUGUAACUGAAGUAUCUCUUACUCACGUGCCAUCUUCUCAUCGGGCCGCUAAGAUAAAUAAAAUUUUCAGUAAAUAAAUCAGGUAAAUGUGAUCUUCUCCUACCUGGAAAGCACAGARCUGCUCACAAGUUUGGGUAAAACACGGUGAGAGACCCCAGUGCUGCAAAAUCCAUGAAAAAAACCAAAUUAUUUGUGAAUUAGAAAGUUUGAGUGAAAUCUCAUCCCUUAAAGCGAUUUAAAAUAGACGUGCUGUGCUGUCACAGCAUCAGAAAUUUGAUUUUAUUUUUCAAAGCCCGCUGUUAGUUCGGUAUCACUGCAAACAAAGCUCGCUGGAUUGGAUCUUYUAUUGUAAAAUACUUCUUUGCGUGUGAACUCCUCGGUUUGUUUCGUUCGGGAAAGAAGAUAUUUUACAGGAAAUUAAUGGUUGAUUGAACUGUGCCRCGGCCUUGGUUCCACACAAGCGAGCUAUGAAAUUAAAUUGAUUUUUCUCCUCAUUA